CACCCCCUGCACUACCUUGUUGCCCCCUCUAUCCCUUCACUUGUUUACCCACUUUUGCUGUGUGAUUCUCUUCUUCUUUUCUGUGUGUUUUGUCCUACAAAUAUAACCAAUCCAGGCCUUUGUCUUUUCCUAGCAAGGGCAAACUACCCAACAAACAAAAAUUAAAGGGUCAGUUGUACCUAACUGGAGAGAGUGUUUAAGGGGGGUUCUGUGGGUGUACCCUAGAGGGGGGGACAGGUGGCAGGAUGAAGGAGAGUGGGAGGAAACAAGGUGCAGCCUCACCUUGUGCAGCAUGUAAGCUGCUAAGGAGGAGGUGUGCACAAGAUUGUGUAUUUGCUCCUUAUUUUCCAGCUGAUGAGCCUCACAAGUUUGCCAAUGUUCACAAGGUCUUUGGGGCAAGCAAUGUCAACAAGAUGCUACAGGAACUGCCGAUCCAUCAGCGAGGGGACGCGGUUAGUAGCAUGGUGUAUGAAGCCAACGCCAGGGUCCGUGACCCGGUCUACGGGUGUGUUGGGGCCAUAUCAUCUCUACAGCAACAAGUAGAUGUGCUCCAGACCCAACUGGCCCAGGCUCAAGCUGAGGUGGUGCAUCUCAAGGUGAGGCAGACAGCAACUUUCCCUCACCAUGGGGUGGGCCUGGCUAGCCCAAGUAAUAGCGGGUCGCCUCCGUACAGGCUCAUGGGUUCACAGGGAAAGCCCAUUUUUGAGAUGGACAUGGUGGACCAAGCCAGUUUGGAAGAUUCAAUGUGGUCAUGCUAGUUUUUUUGAAAAAAGUCAUGCCCUACUAUAUAUGAUAUAUCUAGAUUAGUUCAUUUUGACCUAAGUUAAAAGAAUUAAACUUGAUUUGGUCAUUAAUCAUUAUACAUCCACAUGAAGGUAUUAGCAGUAGUGCUGAUGGUGGUGGAGACUAUAUAUAUAUAUAUAUAUAGCUACUUUUGUUUGUAAGGGUCUUUCCCUCUUUUCUCCUUAACUAGGUUGUGAAUAUGACUUGUUAACUUUAUAUAUGGUGGAUUAUAAUUAUAUA